AUGUCACUGAAUGACUACCUGAGUCCCGUGCUCCCUCUAAAUGAACAAUUCGAAUGUUUAUCGCUACAGUCUAUACCAUUAGAAACCCAUUCUGUUGUAACGGCAGAUAAAGAUGACAAAAGAGUCCCGAAACACACGAUUAAAACUCAACACUUCUUUAGUCUAUUUCAUCAAGAAAAAGUUUUUUUUUCAUUAGAAGUAUAUGUUUAUGUUACACUCUGGGACGAAACAGAUGCCGAACGGUUAGUAUUUGUGUCGAAGGCAGAUACCAAUGGUUAUUGUGAUACGAGGAUAAGCGUUAAAGAUAUAACAAGGGUAUUGUUGGAAUUUAUCUUAUCAAUUGAUCCAAAUUACUACCUUCAAAAAGUAAAACCGUUAACGAGACCAUAUAAGAAGAUGCCCAAUGAGCUGAUCAAUUCAGCCAGUACUCCUGUGAAAACUUUAAAGAUCCUUGCUAAAAGGCUCAAACAAUCAGGCAGCACAAAAAUUGAAGAGACCGCAUCAUCAUGUUUCCAACAAAAUUUUUAUCUUUCAUUCACUUGCUCUCGUGAAAUUCUGACUAAAAUUUGUUUAUUUACUAGACCUGCAUCUCAAUACCUCUUCCCAGAUUCUUCAAAAAAUAGCAAAAAGCAUGUAUUAAAUGGUGAGGAGUUGCUUAAGUGGUGGGGUUCUAUCUUAGAUAGACUACUAAUUGAAUGCUUUCAGACUGAUACGCAAGCAAAAUUAAGGAUUCCUGGUGAAGACCCUGCUAGAGUAAGGUCAUACUUAAGGGGAAUGACGUAUCCACUAUGGAAAGUAGGUGACAUAUUUACCUCUAAAGAAAAAUCUCUUGCAGUAUAUACCAUUCCAUUAUUUCCAGACGAUCCCAAGGCUAGAUUUAUACACCAAUUGGCGGAGGAAGAUCGUGUCCUCAAGAUAAGCUCAUCAUCUUUCUGGAUUGAGCUGCAAGAGCGCCAAGAGUUCAAACUAAGUGUCACAGUAUCUGUAAUGGGAAUAUCAGGAUACUCUCUUGCCGCCCCAACCUUAUUUCUCUCUAAUGUAGACGUCAUUGUGCCGCGGUCACAGAAACAGUUCAGAGCUAUUAAGAAGUACAUAACUGGAGAGGAAUAUGAUACUGAGGACGGAGCUAUAGAAGCUUUUCUCAACAUUCGCGACUUCCUAACGCUCAGAAUGGCGACCAAUCUUCAGUCUUUAACAGGGAAGAGAGAAUAUCAAGAAAAAAACUCACUGGGUCCUACAAGUAACGUCAACGCCAUGGUAAUAACCAUGUUGAAACCUCGUAAAAAAGCUAAAGCUCGGCCUAAAACUCACGAAAUAUAG